UCUGGCGGGCGGACUCGGAGCGGGCGGCGGAGUGACCGGGACAGCUGUCCUCUGACACCAGCCCAGCCGCCUCACCCGUGGCCAUGAGAGCUGCCUACCUCUUCCUGCUGUUCCUGCCCGGCCUGCUGGCUCAGGGCCAGUAUGACCUGGACCCGCUGCCUCCAUUCCCGGACCACGUCCAGUACACCCACUACAACGACCAGAUUGACAACCCGGACUACUAUGAUUAUCAAGAGGUGACUGCUCGGCCUCCCGAGGAGCAGUUCCAGUUCCAAUCCCAGCAAGAAGUGCAACAGGAAGUCAUUGCGGCCCCCACCCCAGAACCAGGAAACUCAGAGACGGAGCCCACGGAGCCUGGGCCUCUUGAUUGCCGCGAGGAGCAGUACCCCUGCACCCGACUCUACUCCAUCCACAAACCCUGCAAACAGUGUCUCAACGAGAUCUGCUUCUACAGCCUCCGCCGCGUGUACGUGGUCAACAGGGAGAUCUGUGUCCGCACGGUCUGUGCCCACGAGGAGCUCCUCCGAGCUGACCUAUGCCGGGACAAGUUCUCCAAAUGUGGCGUGAUGGCCAGCAGUGGCCUGUGUCAAUCCGUGGCAGCCUCCUGUGUCAGGAGCUGCGGGGGCUGCUAGGGUGGCGCUGGAACCCCAAACCCUGGACGCUCUUCAGAUCUGGGGCCCUUGGGCCCUGUCUGACCUGGUGCUUUUCUCCCCAGCCCAACAUUCCUUGUAUUCUGUAAAAAGGUAGUGGACUGUGGCCCUGGGGGUCGCCUCUGGCCCCUCUCCCAGCCUGGCCCCAGGGCAGUGGGACUCCCCCCCACCCAGUCUUCACCCUUGGGUGAGGGGCACCCCAGGCCUGGUUGUGGGACCCGGGCUCUCAUGCGCCUCUCCUCCGUUUGAGGACAGCCCCCUCCCCCCCCCCCCAGGUAGGCUAUGCCCCUCACCCCAGCUGGUCUGCUUGGGUUUCCUACAGCCCUGGGCAUAGGCCACCUUUGUUUUAUACAAAAUUAAAAACACAUUUUUACAAAAGAUUCAGAGUCACCUUU